UGUCUGCGGGCUCACCGGCGCAGCUGAGGGAAAUUCACCAGUGACUUGGGACUCUAGCCCCUUUCCCCAGGCCUCGGGAGGACUGCAGGCUUCGGGGAGCCUCGGCCGCGGGAGGGAGGAAGGACGGAGCCAGGCACCCGGGACUCGCUGCACCUUGUACAAAGCAGGUGCUAACAGGGAGGUGACGAGGUCACAUUUUGAGAAGAAGCUGGAAAGAAGCCCAGGUGGAUUCACUGAAGCUCUGGAUGAGAACAGGACCUCUGGGGAGACGCUCUAAGAGGCGUCACAACGUUUGUGAUUUUCACUCUGGCCAUCAACUGUGUUUGCUCAUCAGAGAGUGAGAUAGAGCAAGACAGACAGCUUUAAUUGUUCAAACAACUCAUCUGAGCACAUGAUCAUUCACUCUGGAAUAUGAGUACAUUCUGAAUCCCAGGACGGUGGGAAUUAGCCAGUGGAUUGCAGGCAUGUUGUGGAAGUUGCUGAUGAGAUCCCAGCCCUGCAGGCUGUGUUCUUUCAGAAAGAUGCUGUCAGCUCCACAAUACAGACCUUUUCUAGUAUCCUUCACCUAUACAACUGAUAAUCAAUCAAACAAGGAAAAUGAAAGGACAGUGGAAAAGCUCUAUAAACUGUCAGUUGACAUCAGGAAAAUUCGAAGAUUAAAAGGAUGGGUACUUCUGGAGGAUGAAACCUAUGUUGAAGAAAUUGCAAAUAUUUUACAACAACUGGGUGCUGAAGAGACUGCCAUAGCCAGUAUCUUGGAACGCUGCCCAGAGGCAAUUAUUUGCAGUCCAACUGCUAUUAACAUCCAAAGAGAACUCUGGCAGUUGGUUUGCAAAAACGAGGAAGAGUUAGUUAGGUUAAUAGAACAAUUUCCAGAAUCUUUCUUUACUAUUAAAGACCAGGAAAAUCAGAGGCUGAAUGUUCAGUUCUUUAAAGAGUUGGGGCUCAAAAAUGUGGUCAUUAGCAGAUUUUUGACAACUGCAUCUAAUAUUUUUCAUAAUCCUAUUGAGAAGAAUAAGCAAAUGAUAAAGAUUCUUCAAGAGAGUUAUCUAAAUUUAGGUGGCUCUGAGGCCAACAUGAAAGUUUGGCUACUGAAAUUGUUAAGCCAAAACCCAUUUAUUUUGUUAAAUUCUUCUGCAGCUAUAAAGGAAACACUAGAAUUUCUCCAGGAACAAAGUUUUACAAACUUUGAAAUUCUUCAACUUCUGUCCAAACUCAAAGGAUUUUUUUUUCAGCUUUGCCCAAGAAGUAUACAGAAGAGUAUUUCCUUCUCUAAAAAUGCUUUUAAAUGUACUGAUCAUGACCUGAAGCAGUUAAUUUUGAAAUGUCCUGCCCUCUUAUAUUAUUCUGUUCCAGUUUUGGAAGAGAGAAUUCAGGGAUUAUUAAAAGAAGGAAUUUCCAUAGCUCAGAUAAGAGAGACACCAAUGGUUCUUGAAUUAAUGCCACAUAUAGUACAGUACAGGAUAAGGAAACUGAAUUCCUUAGGCUAUAGAAUAAGGGAUGGACAUUUAGCAAACCUAAAUGGAACAAAAAAAGAGUUUGAGGCCAACUUUGGUAAAAUUCAGGCCAAAAAAGGAAGGCCAUUAUUUAACCCUGUGGCACCAUUAAAUAUUGAAGAAUAACUUGCUCACUGAUGUUGCUUUUUUCUAACAGUGCAGAGUGAAACUGAGUAGCAAAAACUUAAGUGAUUCAGGCAGUUUAUGGGCACCAGUAAUUUUAAGAAUCUACUUAGCUUCAGGAUUGUGUUUAAAUUACCUCUAAGUACAUAGUCUCUGACUCAAUUGCUGUAUUUAAAAAUAUAAAUUGCACUUAUUUUAAAUUUUGUAAUUUUGACCUUGAACUAUUUCAAAAAAAACUACUAUUAAAUGGCACACUAAUGUGAUAUUUUAUAAGUGAAUAAUUUCUAAGAAACAGUCAGGUACACUCCCUUAAUUCAAAGUAUGGAUACAUUUUUAUCCAUAUAGCACAUUUCAUCCAGGAUGCAGACCCACCCUUCUUUCUCACCACUAGCUCUAAAACAUCAUUCUACUGCUGUCUGAAUUCUACAGCUUAGUGUUUAGUGAAACAUUACCAAACUUCUAAUACAUUUUUAUAGAGAAAGCUGAUUUUAUCUCCUGGUUGGAAUAAAUGAGUAUCUUUGAGAACCAAGUAUUGUCCAUCAAAGGGAAUAAUUAGAGCUUAUUUGUGUGGUCCGUUUGUUUCAAAUUAGCUAUUUUAUCUCUCAUGAAACAUUUACAUGCAUUCAUUGCUAUCCCUUUUUACAGAUGAGGAAACAGAAGUUUAGAGAGGCCACUCAGCUGCCAAGUGCCAGAGCCCAGAUUUACUAAGAUCUCUCUUUUGUUCAAACCUUGUGAACAGAAAAAGGACUGCUUAUGAAUUGUCAUGAAAAGUCACCUCUUACCUGACAUGCUAGAAGAGUAGUCAACAAGGAGCCAUCAAUCGAGUAACAUUGUCAGAUCUGUGCUUUAAGAGGCUUACUGAAGCAAGAUCAGAUGGAAGUACAGAGAAAUUAAAUACAGUAAGUAGCUACUUUAGUAGUACAGUGAGAUGGAAUAACAGUCUGAACUCUGCCAGUUUUUUUCUGUCUAAAGAAAUGUUCAGAUCUAAAGCCUAGAAAUUACUCUUGUUUUCCUUUUUACAUUACCAUCUAAUCACUGGUAAAUUCUGUCGCUUGAAUAAAUCCAGAAUACAACUAUUUCUCGUCACCUCUACUGCUACCACUUUUGACUAAGGCAUCAUAAUCUCUCAUCUGGACUAGGACAAAAUUUCAAGAGCCUCCAAGCUUUGCCAAGCUUUGCUCUUCUUUCAGUCUAGCCAUAUCAUACUCCGCUUAAAACCCUCCAACUGCUUCCUGUUUUGCUCAGAAUAAAAUCUAGAGUCCUUCCCUUUGCUUAUGAAUGCCCAACAUCUAACACCCUGAUAUAACCUCCUACUAUUCUGCCUCUUGCUCAUUCCAGCCUGGCAACAUGGACAUCCAUGCUCAUGCUCUCCUGAAGGCUCUUCCUCAAUGUAUGGACAUGGCUUGCUUUCUUACUUCCUUCAGGUCUUUGUGCAAAUGUCUUAUCAGAGGUCUUCCCUCAUCACCUUUAAAUAGAUUUAGCACUCUCCUACUCCUCUCCCUAUCAUUUUCAACUAUUCCUGCUCUAUUUUCUUCACUGCUCCAUUCCCACAGCCUUAAUCAAUGCCUGGUACAUGGUGGACACUCAAAUACUUGAAUUUUUUGUAUGAAGUAGAAUGGAUAUUAAUGGGAGAUAAAAGGAGAAUAUAAGAUGUAAAAUUUAGAGAUGAUGAUGAAGACAGGGGACAGUAGAGAAGAAACCACUUCUGAGAGAAGGUGAACACUUUAAAAAAUGCUUAUUUUAUUGUGAUAAGAACACUUAACACAAGAUCUCCCCUCUAGCAAAUAAGUGUACACAUCAUUGUUGACUAUAGGUUCAAUGAAAGGACUUGUUUUUUGAAGAGCUAUCUGAGAUGCCUUCAGGGCAUCCACAGUAGGUGUUAGCAGGCAAUUGGAUUUAAAGGGCCUAAAACUCAACAUGAAGUCUGAGUUUGAGCUGAGGUCCUGAGAAUGGUUUUCCAUUUCAUAUAUAGUAGUUAGUAUCUGCAAUCUCAAACUCCCAAUUUAUCCCUUCCCACCUCCUUUCCCCUCUGGUAACCAUAAGUUUGUUUUCUGUGUCUGUGAGUCUAUUUCUGUUUCAUAAAAUAAGUUCAUUUGUGUCUUUCUUUUUAGAUUCUACAUAUAAGUGAUACCAUAUGGUAUCUUCUUUCUCUUUCUGGCUUAUUUCACUUAGAAUUGACGAUCUCCAGGUCCAUCCAUGUUGCUGCAAAUGGCCUUAUUUUAUUCUUUUUGUGACUGUGUAGUAUUCCAUUGUAUAAAUAUACCAUAGCUUCUUUAUCCAGUCAUCUGUCAAUGGACAUUUACAUUGUUUCCAUGUCUUGGCUAUUGUAAACAGUGCUGCUAUAAACAGUGGGGUGUAUAUAUCUUUUCAAAUUAGAGUUCUCUCUGGAUAUAUGCCCAGGAGUCGGAUUGCUGGAUCAAAUGGUAACUCUACUUUUUGCAUAAAGGAUAUUUUGAAAGAUGAUGCAGUUCAUCUACCUAGUUAUUGUAGGUUUUUAUCCUCAAAUCAAGUUGAUCACCUAAAAAACAAUGUUCUUAAAUCACAAAAUGCUGACUUGAAGAAAAUGACAUCACUGAGUUUUUUAAUUCAUGGUUAUGUUUCUCCACUCACUGUCCAUUCCAUUCCUGACACACCUCCUCAAGACCUCCACUCUUAGAGCUAUUUUCCCUGGUUUGCAAUCUAAAAAUUGUAAUUAUAUUCUUACCAUUUUUUAGUACAUGUUUUGGUUGUAAGCUGACACCCAGUAUUUGUGGAAAUGGGAUAAAAAAUAUCAUUUGUAUCCAUAUUAACUUUAAGCAUCACAAGAAAAGAUGCAUACCAAUAUAUGGUCUAAAUUUUUCGUUAAAAAAAAACUUUAAGCUAGAAUCGUGCUCUUCAAAUGAACUUCUUUAAGAAGAGCCAGUGGUAUGGUAGGGGCUUCAAGAACCAUAGGAGAGACAAGAUGGAUAUAUUUUACUACACAAUAAUUUAAAACAGCUUUGUCUUAAAACAUACACUAAUUAAAAAGCUAAAUGAAAAGUGCUUGGGAAUUUUUAAGAUAACUAGACUUUCAAGAAAUUUCAUUCUUGCCUAGAGCUUCUUUAGGAUAUAUUCUUGGAUUUACCAACUCUCUCCUUCCAGCUCAACUCCACUCCCACCUCCUUUAUGAGUUUAUACUGCUCUUAAAUUAGGAAUAUUUUUGGUAGAGGAGUUUGAAAUAUAGGAAUCUUGAUACUAUUAUACAGAAACAUUCAGUUACAUUUACUAGUGUUAGCAAGUUACAAAUAGGAUUAUCAAUAGACAAAAUAGAAAAUCCAGAGUCAUGCUAGAAGCCUGGCUACCUAGACCAGACGAACUUGGCUUAGAAGGCCCUAAGAGGCCACAGAGAUUGAUUUUUGUUUUGUGUGUAUAUAUACAUAUAUAUAUAUAUAUGUUUUAAUGUUUGAUUUCCUUGUACAACACUCAUAUUAGUAACAAGUAUUAUUUAAAUUCCUACAGAACUCCUAGGGUAAUAAAAGCUGUAUUAAAAGCUAUUAAGUAUAUGGAAUAUAUUUUUCUGUAUCCCUAAUUUGAUAAGACAACAAGUAACCUUAUAAACGUAUUUUUGCUAAAAUCCUUAACUAUCUCUAAUGCAACCUAUAAUUUUUACUCACAUAAAUGUCUACACACAUAUAUGUACCAAACUUUUAGUGAUGUUACCUCUUCAUGGAUAUUAUCACUUUAUCAUUAGGAUAAAUACUUUUUAUAUUAUGAUCCUGUUCUUUAUCAUCACUACAUUUUUUUUCUCUUAAAUUGGGAAUUGUGAAGACAAACACAGCCCUAAACUCCUAAAAGUUGAAGAGGUAAACUAUCCACUAGUAAAAUUUUUAAGUAUACACGUGAACACAAACAACUGACAGUAAAAUUGUCAAAAAGACCAUUUAAAAAUGUUACCCUUAAACAAUAUUAUUAAAUUCUAUGCAACCAUCUGCCCUAAACUCACUGAGUCAUUAGUUCAACAUACAUUUGGGUCCCUGCUAUAUGCCAGGCACCCUGCUAAGCACUAAAGGUUUCAGUGUGAUUAAAUACACACAGCACUACUCUAACUCAGAGUUUACAACCCAGUGGGGAUAUACUUUUCUAGCACUUAUCAAUUUAGUUUCUUUCAAAAACCAAAAAAUUGCUCUAUGGGAACUCAUAAUGCACACAAAUUUCUAUUAAAAAAUGUACUUUCUUAAGGAAGGCAGUAAAGACAAAAAACAGCCUUUAGAUCAGGACAAAUAAUUUAACUUAUUCUAUGGACAUAAAUCAGUUUUACCAUUUGGUCCUGAUGU